GAGAGAUGUCUGCGACCAGAGGCAAUGGAGAGCACUGGAAGUCUUUGGAGUCAGUGGGGAUCAGCCCGAAGGAGCUGGCUCUGGCUGAAGCCCUGCAGAUGGAGUAUGACGCUCUGUCCCGCCUGAGGCAGGACAAGGAGGAGAGUCAGGCCAAGCAAAACAAUGACCGCUCCCUCAUUUCCUGGGAUGACCCAGCUCUGGAUUACAACAAACCUGCUGUCAGGAACGACUGCCACAGCAUCAAAUUAAUGCGAGGUCUCUCUGGCUCGGACCCCACCCUCAACUACAACUCCCUCUCAGUUCAAGGGUGCUCGAGAGCUCCUGGCACCAACAACUCUACCUCAUCUGUCCCGCCACCUGAGCUGGAGAACCAGCCUUGGCUGAAGGGCCCUCUCGCCAGUGACUACCUGUACAUCUUUGAUGGCUCGGGGGAAGACUUCCUCAGCGAGCCACUCAACGGGACCUCGGGCCAAGAUGGCUCCCCCAAGAAGCUCUCUCCUCCCCCGCUACCCCCUCGCCUCUCCAUCUGGAACUCCUCUGAGGUGAAUCACUCUUCCCUCAAAAGCUCCUCACUAUCCUACAAAGGGCCCCAGCCCAGAGACAUCAACAUGUUCUCCUCCGCCCACGAGCUGUCCGAUGGAAAGCUGCUGGCCCGCAGGAUUUCGGAGGAAGACCCCUACGGCGCCAUGGACUACGACGGCAUCAAUGACGCCAUCACCCGCCUCAACCUGAAGUCCACCUAUGACACGGAUCUGCUGAGAGAGGCCACCUGGGGCUGGAAGGAAGGCAGGAACAUCUUUGAGAAGGAGACCACUGGAAAGCCAGUGGCUCGGAGCAAGACCAUGCCACCCCAAGUCCCUCCCAGGACCUACGUCUCUAAGUUUGGCAACCGGAAGAACGUGGCGCCCAACAAGAACCGCAGGAUCUCAGUGGAUCCGGUUGCCUCCCGACCGCACUCCUUAGCUAAUGGCUAUGAGCUGUUUGAGGUCUCCGAGGAGAGGGACGAAGAGGUGGCUGCUUUCUGCCACAUGCUAGAUGUCUUGAGAUCCGGCUACAGCACCAAGGACUAUUCCCUCACCGGCUUUGUCUGGAGCACGGUCAACCUCAGCCCUGAGCACCUGGGCCACGGCAUCAGCCUGAAGGUGACCGUGGUGUGCGACAGCGUGCAGGAACCCCUCACUUUCACCUGUGACUGCUCCUCCACGGUGGACCUGCUCAUCUACCAGACGCUGUGCUACACGUACGACGAGCUGCUCGGCAUUGACGUGGACGACUUCGUGCUCAAGCUCUGCGGCCUGGAAGAGUUCUUGCAAAACAAACACGCCCUGGGCAGCCACGAAUACAUCCAGCACUGCAGGAAGUUUGACAUUGACAUCCGGCUGCAGCUGAUGAAGAGGAAGGCAGUGCGCAGCGACCUUGCCAGGACGGUGAACGAUGACCAGAGCCCUUCCACGCUCAACCAUUACAUUCACCUGCAGGAGAGGCCAAUCAAGCAGACCAUCAGCAGGCAAGCCCUGAGUCUCCUCUUCGACACCUUCCACAAUGAGGUUGACACCUUCCUAGCAGCCGAGGGAGACUUCCAGCUGAAAGCCGACCGGGUGAUCCAGUCCGUCAUGGCCAUUUGCAAUGCCCUGGCUGCUGUGGAGUCCCAGGAAAUCACUGGAGCCCUGAACCAGCUGCCAGCCUGCCCUUCUCGCAUGCAGCCCAAAAUCCAGAAGGAUCCAAAUGUUCUGGCCGUGAGGGAAAAUCGGGAGAAGGUCGUGGAGACCUUGACAGCCGCCAUCUUGGAUCUGGUGGAGCUUUACUGCAACACCUUCAACGCAGACUUCCAGACGGCGGUGCAUGGAAACAGGAAGCACCAUCUGAGCCAGGAGGCCUGUCUCCUCACUUGUCCCCUCUCCUUCACUGUCUACGCCACGCACCGCAUCCCUAUCACCUGGGCAGCAAGUUACGAAGACUUUUACCUCUCCUGCUCCCUCACCCAUGGCGGCAAGGAGCUCUGCAGCCCCCUGCAGACCAGAAAGGCUCAUGUGUACAAGUACCUCUUCCACCUCAUCAUCUGGGACCAGCAGAUCUGCUUCCCGAUCCAAGUGAACCGGCUACCGCGGGAGACGCUGCUGAGCGUCACGCUCUACGCUGUGCCCAUCCCCCCUCCGGGGAGCUCCUCUGAGACCAACAAGCAGCGGCGGGUCCCCGAGGCCCUGGGCUGGGUCACCACCCCGCUCUUCAACUUCAGGCAGGUCUUGACCUGUGGGCGGAAGCUCCUGGGCUUGUGGCCAGCAACUCAGGACAACUCCAGUGCCAGGUCGAGUGCCCCCAACUUCAACCAGCCCGACAGUGUUAUCCUGCAGAUUGAUUUCCCAGCCUCUGCCUUCAACGUGACGUUCACGAGCCCCCCGGCUGCCGAGUUCAGCCCCAAGUACGAGUUCCACAGCUUGGGCGAGGAGGACCAGCGCAAGCUGAAGGAGGUGAUGCAGAAGGAAUCACUGUACUGGCUGACGGACGCCGACCGGAAGAGACUGUGGGAGAAGCGCUAUUACUGCCAUGAGCAGCCUGGAUCGCUGCCUCUGCUGCUCACCAGUGCCCCCAGCUGGGAGUGGGCCUGCCUGCCUGAUAUCUACGCCCUGCUGAAGCAAUGGACUUACAUGAACCACCAGGAUGCCCUCGGGCUCUUGCAUGCAACGUUCCCGGAUCAGGAGGUGAGGAGGACAGCCGUACACUGGAUCGACUCCAUGUCGGACGCAGAGCUGCUGGAUUACCUGCCGCAGCUGGUGCAGGCCCUGAAGUAUGAGUGCUAUCUGGACAGCCCCCUGGUGCGGUUCCUUAUGAAGCGAGCCAUCUGUGACCUGAGAAUCACCCACUACUUCUUCUGGCUGCUGAAGGAUGGACUCAAGGACUCCCAGUUCAGCAUCCGCUACCAGUACCUGCUGGCGGCCCUGCUCUGCUGCUGUGGCAAAGGCCUGCGAGAGGAGUUCGACCGGCAGUGCUGCCUGGUCAACACCCUGGCCAAGCUGGCCCAGCAGGUUCGGGAGGCCGCUCCGUCCUCACGACAGGCCAUUCUCCGAGACGGGCUGGUCAAUGUGAAACAGUUCUUCAGCGCCAACGGCUCCUGCCGCCUGCCGCUUAGCCCCAGCCUGCUGGUGAAGGGGAUCGUGCCCAGGGACUGCUCCUAUUUCAACUCCAACGCCGUGCCCCUGAAGCUCUCCUUCCAGAACGUGGAUGCCCUCGGGGAGAACAUCCGCGUUAUCUUUAAGUGUGGAGACGACCUCCGGCAGGACAUGCUGACGCUGCAGAUGAUCCGGAUUAUGAAUAAGAUCUGGGUGCAGGAGGGGCUGGACAUGCGCAUGGUGAUCUUUCGCUGCUUCUCCACUGGCCGGGGCCGGGGCAUGGUGGAGAUGAUCCCCAACGCAGAGACUCUGCGCAAGAUCCAGGUGGAGCAUGGGGUGACGGGCUCCUUCAAGGAUCGUCCCCUGGCAGACUGGCUGCAGAAGCACAACCCCACGGAGGAUGAGUACGAGAAGGCGGUGGAGAACUUCAUCUACUCAUGCGCCGGCUGCUGCGUGGCCACCUACGUGCUGGGGAUCUGUGACCGGCACAACGACAACAUCAUGCUCAAAACCACCGGCCACAUGUUCCACAUCGACUUCGGCAGGUUCCUGGGCCAUGCCCAGAUGUUUGGCAACAUCAAAAGGGACCGGGCCCCGUUCGUCUUCACCUCGGACAUGGCCUAUGUCAUUAAUGGUGGUGACAAGCCCUCCAGCCGCUUCCAUGACUUUGUGGAUCUCUGCUGCCAGGCGUACAACCUGAUCCGCAAGCACACCCACCUCUUCCUCAACCUGCUGGGCCUGAUGCUGUCCUGUGGUAUCCCGGAGCUCUCCGACCUCGAGGACCUCAAGUACGUCUACGACGCCCUGCGGCCGCAGGACUCCGAAGCCGACGCCACCACCUAUUUCACCAGGUUGAUCGAGUCCAGCCUGGGCAGCGUGGCCACCAAGCUCAACUUCUUCAUCCACAACCUGGCGCAGAUGAAGUUCACAGGCUCGGACACCCGCCCCGUACUUUCCUUCGCCCCCCGCGUGCACACGCUCAAGACAUCCGGCCGGAUCCGCGACGUCUUCCUUUGCCGCCACGAGAAAGUCUUCAACCCCAGCAAAGGCUAUACGUACAUCGUGAAGGUGCAGCGGGAGAGCCCCUGCGAGGUCACCUAUGUCCAGCGUACCUUUGAGGAGUUCCAGGAGCUGCACAACAAGCUACGCCUCAUCUUCCCCUCCUCCCACCUGCCCAGUUUCCCCAGUAGGUUUGUGAUCGGCCGGUCACGCGGCGAGGCAAUGGCUGACAGGAGGAAAGAGGAGCUAAAUGGCUACAUCUGGCAUCUGAUCCACUCAGCCCCGGAGGUGGCUGAGUGUGAUCUUGUGUAUACAUUCUUCCACCCCCUCCCGCGGGAUGAGAAGGCUGCAGGCACCAAUCCAGCUCCAAAGCCCGCAGAUGCCACGUGGUCUCGGCCCAUCGGGAAGGUGGGAGGGGAGGUGAAGCUGUCCAUCUCUUACAAGAACAACAAGCUCUUCAUCAUGGUGAUGCACAUCCGAGGCCUGCAGCCUCUCCAGGACGGGAAUGACCCCGACCCUUAUGUCAAGAUCUAUCUCUUGCCUGACCCCCAGAAAACCACCAAGAGAAAAACCAAAGUGGCUCGGAAAACCUGCAACCCCACUUACAAUGAAAUGCUCGUCUAUGACGGGAUUCCCAAAGGAGACCUUCAGCAGCGGGAACUGCGCCUGAGCGUCCUGAGCGAGGAGAGCUUCUGGGAGAACAUCCUUCUCGGGGAGGUCUGCAUUAAGCUACGGGACCUGGACCUGACCCAAGAGAAGAUGGGCUGGUUUGAGCUGGGCUCCAGGAGCCAAGGGACCAUGUGA